AUGGGUUCACUUGGAUACAGUCAAAGGAAAAUCCGAAUUGCGAUCGAUCGCGGCGGUACGUUUACAGAUGUACAUGCCUACAUUCCCGGCUCUUCUGAGCCAGAGAUGGUCUUCAAGCUGUUAUCGGUCGACCCACGAAAGUCACUCCCUCGAGACGAGCCGUUGGAUAUCAUAGACGUCGAGUCAAUUCGAAUGGGCACGACUAUUGCGACGAAUGCACUGCUCGAACGCAAAGGUGAGCGAGUCGCGUUCCUGACUACGAAGGGGUUUCGCGACCUGCUUGUCAUUGGCAACCAAGCGAGACCUCACAUUUUUGACUUGAGCAUACACAAGCUUCAGAAUCUGUACGACACCGUGGUCGAAAUUGAUGAGCGUAUCACGAUGGAAGAGUUUCUCGAGAAUCCCGAAAAGGAACCCAUAGACAUCAACGGCGAUGAUGCCCUGGUCAAAGGCUUGACAGGCGAACCAGUCAAAAUCUUGAAGAGACCCGAUAUUGAAGUCAUCAGAGAGCAACUGAGACAUCUUCAAACCGAAGGAUUCAACAGCUUAGCCAUAUGUUUCAUUCAUUCCUACCUUUACCCCAACCACGAGGACCAAGUUGCCGAACUUGCUCGGUCUAUGGGCUUCGAGGUCUCCGUUUCAUCGGAGCUUCAGCCUACGAUAAAAAUGGUUUCUAGAGGAAACUCUGCGACUGCUGAUGCAUAUCUUUCGCCUCUGAUCCGGCGUUAUGUCGAGAACUUCGGCAGCGGCUUCAAGGGCGGACUGGACGCCGUAGCUGGCAAGCUGUUUUUCAUGCAAAGCGAUGGUGGUCUGUGCCUGUGGCAGAAGUUUUCUGGUCUGCGAGCUCUUCUUUCUGGCCCUGCAGGAGGGGUGAUUGGCUUUGCGCGCUCGUGCUACGGCCCUGACGACAAGAUGCCUGUCAUCGGCUUCGAUAUGGGAGGAACUUCGACAGACUCUGCUGGAGCGCAUCCUGGGCCUGUAUGUUACCGAAAAGGUGGUCCCCUUACAGUCACCGAUGCCAACCUAUUCCUGGGACGACUUCGCCCCGAAUACUUCCCGACAAUCUUUGGCCCUGAAGAGAAUGAGCCUCUUGACUAUGAUGCGGCAGCAUAUGCUUUCAAGAGUUUGACCGGCAAAAUCAACGCGGAGGAGGGAAAGUCAUUCACCCCCGAGGAAGUCGCGAGUGGCUUCCUGCGCGUGGCGAAUGAGAGCAUGAGCAGGCCGAUUCGAUCAUUAACCGAGGGAAGAGGCAUACGGACCUCAGAACAUGCCUUGGCCACCUUCGGUGGGGCUGGAGGCCAGCAUGCCUGUGAUGUUGCCGAGGCACUAGGCAUCCAGCGGGUUGUGAUCCAUCGGUACUCUUCGAUCCUCUCAGCAUAUGGAAUGGCAUUGGCGGACUUGACGCAUGAGAUACAACGGCCUCGUGCAGCACGGCUGUCAGAGAUGAAGGAGGCACAGUUUGCCAGCGAGUUUGGGUCCCUGACUGCAGAAGCUGGCGAGACACUCACCGCCCAAGGCUUCACAGACAAACAGAUCGAGUAUGAGCUGUACCUCAACCUCCGGUAUCAAGGCACAAACAGUUCUCUCAUGACCCAGAAGCCUAUCGACUCUUGGGACUUUUCCCGGAAGUUUAUUGAACAGCACGAGGAAGAGUUUGGAUUUGUGCUCGACCGCGAGAUCCUUGUCGAGGAUAUCCGAGUCCGCGCCCUUGGCAAGACUGCAGGAACGGAAAACAUGAGUGUUUCUUCUGCACUCAAAGCCGUUGACAUCAGGCUCGCGCCACCGACGAAGAGUGCGAAGACCACGAGGGUCUACAGUCAGAACCGGUGGCAUGAGGUGAAACUGUUCAAGCUGGAAGAUCUUACGGCGGGGGACAAGGUGCCGGGUCCUUCGAUCAUUCUCGAUCAAACGCAGACUAUCCUCAUACAGCCAGGAUGGGCAGCUACCGUGCUUCUGAGGCAUCUUUUGCUAGAUCGGGAAGAGAUGCCCCUAAAGGACACGGCCUUGGAGGAUCCUGAUGUCGUGGAUCCCAUUCAGCUCUCCGUUUUUGGUCACCGGUUCAUGAGCAUAGCGGAGCAAAUGGGGCGUUCGCUCCAACUCACGUCGGUUUCUAUCAACAUCAAAGAGCGCCUUGACUACUCGUGCGCAAUCUUUUCCCCUCAAGGUGGCCUUGUCGCGAACGCACCGCACAUUCCGUGCCACCUCGGCGCGAUGAGCUAUGCCGUGGCCUACCAAGCCGAAAGAUGGGGCAACACCCUUCGCCCUGGCGACGUCCUGGUUUCGAACCAUCCUGCCGCUGGCGGUUCACAUCUUCCCGAUGUCACAGUCAUUUCUCCUGUGAUUGACGAACACACCAACGAAGUUCUUUUCUGGACAGCGUCGAGAGCCCAUCACGCGGAUAUUGGCGGUAUUGCGGCAGGAUCUAUGCCGCCACACUCUAAGGAAAUCUGGCAGGAAGGGGCGUCUUUUACCUCGUUCAAGCUUGUCAAUAACGGCAAGUUCGAUGAGGUGGGGCUGGCGGAGAUCAUGUUGAAGAAGCCUGCCUCCUACCCUGGCUCUUCCGGGACGAGAACAUGGAGUGACAACGUUAGCGAUUUGAAGGCUCAGAUUGCCGCGAACCAGAAGGGCAUUCGAUUGAUCCACGAGUCAAUCAAGGAGUACGGUCUUUUUACGGUACAAAAAUACAUGCUUGGGAUCCAAGACAACGCUGAGAAGGUCGUGAGAAAUCUUCUACGACAGGUUCAUGACCAGUUUAGCGGUCUACCGCUGGAAGCAGAAGAUCAGAUGGACGAUGGAUCGAAGUUGGUGCUGAAGAUACACAUCAACCGUGAUGAGGGGUCCGCCAAAUUUGAUUUCACCGGUACCAGUCGAGAGGUGUAUGGCAACCUCAAUGCCCCACGAGCCAUCACCUUCAGUGCAGUCAUCUAUGUCCUGAGGUCACUCGUGAAAGAAGACAUCCCUCUCAAUCAGGGAUGUCUUGCACCAAUCAAUGUGGUUCUUCCAGCAGGCACUAUUCUCUCGCCCUCUCUAGGGGCAGCAACUGUGGGAGGCAACGUCGAGACAUCGCAGAGAGUUACAGAUCUUGUCCUCAGGGCGUUCCAGGCGGCCGCGGCCAGCCAGGGAACGUGCAAUAACCUGACAUUUGGGUACGGGGGUGAAGUCAUUGAAGGCAAGGCGAGACCAGGUUUCGGUUAUUACGAGACAAUCGCAGGCGGCGCUGGCGCGGGUCCGACGUGGGCUGGCCAGUCCGGUGUUCACGUUCACAUGACCAAUACUCGAAUCACGGAUCCCGAGUCUCUUGAGCGACGCUAUCCUUGUAUCUUGCACGAAUUCGGUAUUCGGAGAGGCUCCGGCGGCCAAGGCAAGUUUGCGGGUGGAGAUGGCUGCAUCCGUCAUAUCGAGUUCCGCCGCGAUGUGCAAGUCAGCGUUCUUAGUGAGCGACGUUCUGUGCCUCCUUUUGGGCUAUGCGGAGGGGAGCCAGGUACCCCUGGCGAGAACCUUUGGAUCAGGAAGGAUGAGUAUGGGCUCCGAGACUUCAACCUGGGAGGCAAGAACACAUGUCAGAUGAGCAAGGGUGACCAUAUCAUCAUAAAGAGUCCGGGUGGAGGAGCUUACGGAAAGUCGGUAUAA